UUAGAUGUCUCCGGUUCUACUCGCAGUAGGAUUGUUGUUGCUGCUAGAGCCGUUUAUUGUGGCUGGCGUCAGUCAAACCCAGCAACAGCAGUCGCCACCGGUAUCAGAUAAUAAUGCGCUGUUCAGAUGUGGUGUUCGCAAAAGGCUUGGCAUUCAGCUAAUCCACCACGCCUGGCCCGCGGAGCUGGGCGAAUGGCCCUGGCAUGCGGCCCUAUUUUUCAAAUCCGGUGGGUCCGGUGCAAGCGAAUUCAAGUGUGGUGGAACGUUGCUGGACCAGCGUCACGUUCUCACGGCUGCUCACUGUGUCGUGCGACCGAAUCAGGCUGUUCGAAAGGUUUCGGAGCUUCGGAUUCACCUGGGACAGCACGAUCUGCGGGAAGUGCCGGAGUAUGUCCAAGUGAAGAAUGUUAGUGCAAUUCACGUGCAUGAGGAUUACGGUUCCAAACACAACGACAUUGCUGUUCUGGUGCUCGAUUCUGUGGUGCAGUAUUCCGAUUACGUGAUACCGAUUUGUUUGGAAGAUCGACCGCCAGGAAGCAUUGACCAGCUUGUCGGUUCCCGGGGUUGGGUGACCGGUUGGGGUGAAACGGAAAAUGGAACCAUCUCCCAGAUACUGCAAACAGCUCAGAUGCCGAUAGUAGACUAUGUUCGGUGCGUACAGAGCGAUAAGAAUCUCUUUGGACGGGCUCUGCAUCCUGGGAUGUUUUGUGCAGGAGAUGUCAAUGGAACCAGCGUCUGCCGGGGGGACAGCGGGGGCGGUUUGUACGUCCGGGACGAUGAUCGAUUCCUGCUGAAGGGUGUGGUUUCCUUUUCUGGUGCCAGCAAGGAGGGCAGCUGCGACACGUCCAAGUUUGUCGCUUUUGCCAAGGUCGAUCACUAUCUGCCGUGGAUCAGAACAUUUCUUCUAGCCGAAUCGAGCGCUACCAACGAUGAUGACGGCAGAACGUUGCGGGUUAGUGAAAUUGAAUGUAAACGAUUUCAAAGGUUUGUAAAGAAAAAGCCGAACGGGCUCUGUUUCAAUGCUCGGCAUACGAGUCGGGUUGGAAUUCUGUAUUCUGGUGACAUUCUGAGAUGCUCUGGAGUGCUCGUGAGUGAAAAGUUUGUCCUCAUACCAUGUUACUGUGCAAGGUUAACAAAUUACGGCUCACCGGAAAAAGUCAGAAUUCCCGAUUUUAAUGAUUUUGCUUGCAAAAGAGAUCCGAUUUGUCAUCCAGCUGCCUCCAAGUAUUAUAACAACCUGGCUCUGUUGGAGUUGGAGCUGGAGCUUGAACUGAGCGCCGCUCUCUUGCCGGCUUGUUUGGCCACAUUCUGGACCGAAAAACUUUAUGACACGCUACUGUUUACCGGGUUUUCCGAAGUUGAUGAUGUUCUGAAUGCGGAGGAAACUGUCGACAAUCGUGUUGUCCGACAAAUGGCAUGCGACGUUCUGCGACAAUCCAAUCGUCAAAAUCUGCGGGCCCUGCAAGGAAGCCAAAUUUGUGUCGGUAGUUCGGAGCCGGAAGAUUUCACGGCUCUGCCGGGAGCAUCGCUGCAAACGUUUGACACCCGAUCGUGUUUGCAUACCUUGGUUGGAGUUCGAGACGGUUCCAGUAAUGAAACUUUGGUGAACACUCUUCAUUUGAAACUGUACUAUCGGGCAGUGUUCUAUCUGGAUUGGUUGGAGGCAAAUGUAUGGACUACGCAAUACCGGACAUUAAACAGACUUAAAGGAAGGAUUUAAGAA